CAGGGCCCUCCAGCUCCGGCCCCAGCCCCUGGGCCCAGCUCCCCUCGAGGCUCCCCACGGGGCUCCCCAGGGCUCUUCAGGAAGCUCCUGAUGAACCAGAGCAUCCGCCUGCAGCGGCGCUUCACCGUGGCACAUCCGAUGUGGUGAGGCGGAACGGAGGGCCUGGCAGGGUCACCAGAGCCCAGGGGGUGGAGGCGAGAAAGGCCGGAGCGGGUCAGGGCAUGGACGCUGUGCCUCUCCUUCCCUCUCUCUGGGUCUCUCUCCCCCUACCCUAUCUCUGUCUCUCGCUAUUGGUGACUCUAUCUUUGUCUCCCUCCACCCGCCGUUUGGACAUACGCCCAGGGGACCAGCGCUCUGCCUCCUUCCAGCUGUACUGAGGCUCAUGUCUUCUCCUGACCGUGGUGGGUCUGGGGCAGGCGGGCUGUGCACCCCGGCUGUGGGAGGAGACAAAGGGGUGCUCCUCCAGUGGUGUCCACCACCACUGCCCCAUCUCAUCCCAGCACCAGCCACGAGAUGACUCUCACAAUGAGCCCUGGGUGUCCACGGGGAAGACCUGAUUUGAUACAGGCUUUGGGGUGUAUGGGAGUUAAGAAGGGUUGAGAGCCGACACGCGCUGACUGAGCGCCGGCUCUGCGAAGCUCCAUUUGAUCGCAAAGUCUAAGGACUCUGUCCAGAGCUCUAGGUUCGAAAUCCCGCCCUCCAACAAAGGGCCGUAUUUUCGUGGGGGUGGGAUGGAAGGAGUGAGUUUGGGGUCCGGGGUGUGAGUGCCGACUGUGGCUGGUACCUUGCACUCGGUUCGCGCCGAGUGAAUUUGUAUCCACUUGGCAGUUUGGCACUCAGAGACUCAGGGAGCUGGAAGGUCCCUUCUCCAAGGUCACCCGGCAAGUGACAGCUGGAGGGAAGGGAGGUGUGACCGUGGACCCUGAUGGCGCCAUUUCAGCCUGGGACUGGGGGGGGAGGUGUCCCAGAGAGCGAUCUCAGUGCACCCGACGCAAGAGAAGAGUGGUCCAUGAGAGCAAGGGUGUCGAGGGGGCACACCCGGGUAUCAGAAAGUGAAACUGAAGGAGAUAGGGUCUGGCGCACACCAGACCCGAACCCAGAUCCCAAGCAUGGGGCCUUCGAGUCUCCAUGCCUCAGUUUACCCCUUUGGCCGAUGGGCAGCCGCGCGGUUCCCACAGACCUAGCCCCGCGCAGCCCGCGUCAUGGAAUCACGGCUUGACCUCGCCGCUCCAGGCUAAGUUUAGAGCAGGAAGAAAAACAGCCUUCCCCCGGCCCCAAGAAAAUCCAGGCCCACCCCUUAACCCUCCACUCCCGGGAUCUGGAUUCGAACACCCGACAGCCGCUUCUGGGCUCAUAGCCGCGCUUUCCUAGAGCCUUUAGGGAGAGGCAAGAAGACCGGGAGUCGCUGCACUCAGGCCUCCCCUUUGCAGGGUAGGUUUGGGGUAUCCGCCCCAGCUAGUCAGUACAUAAGCGUGUCUCUAAGCUCUCCACCCAGCCUACUGCGAGUCCCUGCUUGGUCAGGAAGGGGUCAAGGAAGCCCCGCCCACUCUACUCACAGAGAAGGAAGGCUCUCUGCGAGCCUUUGGAAUCCACCAGCACCCGGAGACCGCUCAACUCACCCGAGUGUAGCCGGAUUUAGCCGAAUGUGCCCGACCCGACCCGAGUGCCAUCCAGACUUGCUCGAAGUAGACCGAGCGCAGCCGGACUAAGGCUAUCAAGCUCGAACUUUUCCGAAUUUGUACGAACUCAGUCGGACGCAGCCGAAUCUGACCGAACCCACCCGACCGAACUACAAGACCAGGUCCACUCCGGGACUUCAGACCUGACCCGGACUCAGUCGUACUUAACCGAACUGGACCGAAUUCUACUGAAUCUCCCACCCCUAUUCCGAUCUGAGCGGAAUCCAGCCAGACUGGCUCAGAGUUUCCAAGUGGGUGCCAACUCUGCCCAGACCCGAAUAGGGUUACCUUUGACCCAAAAGUCAUAGGGGAGGAACAGGUGGACACUGGCCCUCGGCCUGGAACCCGGAGUCCUGGGCAGUCCUGAUGUCUCCCUGUCUCUGCAGUUCCCACCUGCCCUUUUCAAAAGCCUGAGACACACAGGCAGACCCUCCCACAGGUAACGACCCCUACCUCCAGCUCUGCAGUCCUUGUUCCAAGCCCAUUCUCUGAUCUCUGACCCAAAGGAGAAGGACCAUAGAGUCCCCUGCCCAGUCGGGCUGUGUCCACAGAGAAUGACAACGUUUUGGGGUAGAACGGGCCAGGUGGUGUUAUGAAGGAGGACGGUGCUUCGGACAGAGGGCGCACGCAGCCUGUGCAAAGGCACAGAAGUGGAAAAGAACAGACAGAAGAGUGUGGGGAAGCUGAGGGCACGAGGUGGCGGGCUUAAAUGUCUUUGACCUGGAAAAUGGGUUCCCAGGCGGGAGAAGCACCCUGGACCUUCAGUCUGGGCCUGGCCUUGGCCGGGCCAUCCACGCUCCUGCUCCGCACAGCCAGAGGCGAGAGUCCUUCCUAUACCGCUCAGACAGUGACUAUGAACUCUCACCCAAGGCCAUUUCCAGGAACUCCUCUGCAGCCAGUGACCUACACGGAGAAGACAUGAUUGUCACACCCUUUGCCCAGGUCUUGGCCAGUCUGCGAACAGUUCGGAGCAACGUGGCAGCUCUUGCACACCUGCAAGGCCGUGGGGCAGCAAAGCAGGCAUCGGUCGGGAACCCUACAUGCAGCAGUCAGCCCCCUCCACCUACAGAGGACAAUGGGCAGAAGUUGGCAUUGGAGACAUUGGAUGAGCUGGACUGGUGUCUGGAUCAGCUGGAGACACUUCAGACACGGCACUCAGUGGGGGAGAUGGCCUCCAACAAGUUCAAGCGGAUGCUGAACCGGGAGUUGACCCAUCUGUCUGAAACCAGCCGCUCUGGGAACCAGGUGUCUGAGUACAUCUCCCGGACUUUUCUGGACCAGGAGACUGAGGUGGAGUUGCCCAGAGUGAACUCUGAGGAGCCUCCGAGGCCCAUGUCCCAGAUCAGUGGCUUGUAUGGCCUCCACCACAGCGCCAACCUCUCUGUAGCCACUGUCCCACGCUUUGGGGUCCAGACUAACCAGGAGGAACAACUGGCCAAGGAGCUGGAAGACACCAAAAAGUGGGGACUUGAUGUGUUCAAGGUGGCAGAGCUAAGUGGAAACCGUCCCCUCACAGCCAUCAUAUUCAGCAUCUUUCAGGAGCGGGACCUGCUCAAGACAUUCCAGAUCCCAGCAGACACAUUGGUCACCUACUUGCUGACACUGGAGGGUCACUACCAUGCUGAUGUGGCCUAUCACAACAGCCUACAUGCUGCUGAUGUGGCCCAGUCUACGCACGUGCUGCUGGCUACACCUGCCCUCGAGGCUGUGUUCACAGACCUGGAAAUCCUGGCUGCCAUCUUUGCAAGUGCCAUACAUGAUGUGGACCAUCCUGGGGUCUCCAACCAGUUUCUGAUUAACACCAACUCAGAGCUGGCGCUUAUGUACAAUGAUGCCUCAGUACUAGAGAACCACCACCUUGCAGUGGGCUUCAAACUACUACAGGCAGAGAAUUGUGACAUCUUCCAGAACCUUAGCACCAAGCAGAGGCUGAGUCUGCGAAGAAUGGUCAUUGACAUGGUGCUGGCCACGGACAUGUCCAAACACAUGAAUCUCCUGGCUGACCUCAAGACCAUGGUGGAGACCAAGAAGGUGACAAGCCUUGGUGUCUUACUAUUGGACAACUACUCUGACCGCAUCCAGGUCUUGCAGAACCUGGUGCACUGUGCUGACCUCAGUAACCCCACCAAGCCACUGCCCCUGUACCGCCAGUGGACAGACCGCAUCAUGGCUGAGUUCUUCCAGCAGGGUGAUCGUGAGCGUGAGUCAGGCCUGGACAUCAGCCCCAUGUGUGACAAGCACAUGGCCUCAGUGGAGAAGUCCCAGGUGGGUUUCAUUGACUACAUUGCCCACCCACUGUGGGAGACUUGGGCUGACCUGGUGCACCCAGAUGCACAGGACCUGCUGGACACACUGGAAGACAACCGUGAAUGGUACCAGAGCAAGAUCCCCCGAAGCCCUUUGGACCUCACCAUCCCUGAACGGGGUGCUCCUGACAGAUUCCAGUUUGAGCUGACUUUGGAGGAGGCAGAGGAAGAGGAAGAGGAGGCAGUAUUAGACAGGGAGGCUUCAGAGUCACUUGACACUGAGCUCCUGUCCCCUGAAACCAGCCAAAACCCCAGGGACCUAGCCCUGGACAACCAGAGGACUUAGGGCAAGCCCUUUGGCACUAAGUGGUCCCUAGAGCACGGACUCUCCAGGAAGAAGUCCUAGGUGACCCCUGCUUCACUUCCCUACCCAUUGAAGGGUACCACCAAGCUUUUGGUUAAUAGGCGGGUCUCAGGGUCUAAUUGGAGGCACCUGGCCGGGUCCACUCUGACCCGUGCUUUUCUGACAGAGCUCUCUAAGGGGCUAGAGGCAGCCUUUUGUAGCACCUUUGGGAUCUCCCCUCUGGAAUUCUGUCCCUGGUGUGAAGCAGAGAGUCUCUCAUGGUGGGGUGGGGGUCGGUGUUCAGCACCAGAGCUUCAUCGGGACCUAAUUCUAGAUCUAGAGCUGUUUGAGGGGAGGGCAGGAAAGGGGGGGCUCUGUGUCAGAGACCUCUCUGGAGAUUGAUUUAGCCUAUGCACCGGUUGUUGCUUUAAGUCCCUGUGUUCUGUCUUUGGUGUCUCUGGAUGUACGUAUGCCCUUUUGUCUGCCUGGGGACCCUCUGUUGGGUCUCCCACAUGUUCAUUUUGUAGAGCAACAAAAAAAGCACAACCCCCACCCCCACCCCCACAGAUCUUUGUGUCUCUUGGUUCUUAAAGGUGCAUCAGACUCCCUCUAGAGGGAGAAGAGGCCCCUGAGGCCUUCUUGAAUUCAUAAUAGCUUCCUGCCUCAGUUUCACCUCUAUGAUCCUCAUACGUGGGUGAAGUCUGGUUGGGGAAUAGAAUAUCUUAGACACUUGGGGGCAUUGAGCACUUCUCUGGGGUUAAGUCAAUCCUUCAGGCCUUAAGACACCUGAUUGCUCCAAAUUAACACGGAUGGGGAAACUGAGGUGCAGAGAGGUCCUGUUGCAAAGGCCACACAGCUGGGAACAGAAUAUGAACCAGUGGCGUCCUCUGGCGGCGGGAAGGGGAGGCACAGCGGGGCACACUCUUCGAUAUGGGUGGGGUCACCCCUAGCGCACCUCGCUUGGAAGAGCUCAACAGGUGGCUCCAACUUGGUGGCAGCAGACUGGGCAGCACAGUGCUCUAGCCUCAGGUUCGAUCCCCACCUCCGGAAACCUGAGUAUCACCCCUCCUCUUCCCCUCUCUCCUCGCGUGCCUGAAAAUUUGUGUGUAAUACCCGCGUCAUCACAGCCGCCCCUGUCUUCAUUCGUAAAUAUUAUAACCUCCUCCUGGUAAUUCAUCAUCAUCACAGUUAAUGAUAUAAUUCCACAGAGAGAAAAACUAUUAAUAAAAGCUAUCUAGA